GUGUUUGCGCGGUGGAUGUUGUUGUUGUUGAUGUUGUUGCUGAUGAUGAUGAUAGUUGUAGUGCUAAAAAAAAAGACUCUCUCUUUCUCUCUCCAGUCAGAGAAGGCAGAAGACUGAAUCAAAUCGACGACGGGCAACACAAGACAAGACGCUGCCAGAGACACAGAGUGCAUAGAGUGCAUCACCCGUGGCGAGACACGGAUGCAGGGCGCAUCGACCGCAUAGACUCCCGCCCGUUACCAGGCAGGCGUGCCAACCAACGGCUGCCAUUCCCUGGUUCAUCUAUGUACUCGACAUGUAGCCGCCGAGGGACAUCACCUGUCCGGUCCGUUCGUCUCCAUCUCGUUGCGUCCACUGUUGCAGCCACACCAACCUUUUUCUUCAUUCCUGUCCGUUCCCAACAUAGCACAGAGUGGAUCGCCCACCCGCACGGCGCAAGACAUGGCCUCCUCUCCCGUCCACUAUGAAUAUGAUCAUCCUCCACCUCCUCCCAGACAACCUCCCCCACCCCACACGCCCUCGCCCGCCUCUUCUUCGUCGCCCUCGCUGCAUGUCCACUCCCACAUUUCACCUCUGAGACGAAUCGCCGUGCAACCGCCCCCGAGAAUCACCACCGCCCUCGCGCCCCCACCCGCACACUCCCAAUCCCAAACUCCUCACAGCGCCUUUUCGCCCUACGUUCCCUCGCCUUCUUCGUAUGCGUCGCCCGCGUCCUAUGCUGCGUCGCCUGUCGUGGGAACCAUGAGGUCUUCGCCCUAUAACCCCUCGCAGUGGGCGAGGGGGGUUCCCAAUGGCCAUAAUGUCAAUGUCACUCCAAUUGCGACCGCUCCUAGAUCAGACGUUACCGGCAUGGAGGCAUCGAUGCCUUCUCCCCCUCCGCCAUACUCGCCAGGGCAGAAUCAGAGCAUGUCGCAAAACCUCACGCCUUCUCCGCACCUCGCCGCCAAUGCAUUUCCAACAAAUCACCCUCCACCCCCGCCUAUACCGCCGUCUGAGUACACUCCUUCACCCUCGUCGCGUCCUGUAUCGGGCUUCUAUAACAGCAGACCGGGAUCUUUGGUUGUCCCUUCGAGCGCGACCAGCGCCACUUCCAAUCCACAGUUCCCCCCGCCUCCACCACCAGCCAACGGCAAACGCUCGGCCUCUCGCGAUAAGUUGACCUCCAAAUUCAGCUUGUCGUCUUUCAGACACAGGAAUGCCGAUAGCCCAGGCCCUAGCAACAUCGAGUCCCUGCGUCUCAACACCAGCGAGGCGAUACAGCGUGCCCCAUCUUCGCCUGGAAUCAUGCCUUCGCGAGCUCAGCACCAACAGGCGCAACAGCAACAGCAACAUCAGCCAUACGAUGCUGAGCGGCGAUGGAGCCCUGAGACAUAUUCUCCCAUCGGCGCACCAGGUUCGAGGAGAGCGGCCUCGACUGGUGUUCUUGCUUCAGCUUCUCGAACGCCUAUUGAGGCUUCACCGGUCCCAUUCGGAAAUUGGGAGCAGACCAUGCCUCUUCCUCCCCCACCACCCGGUCCCCCGCCUCCGAGCAGUUCUAGAUCUCAGAGUCUAGGUCGCGGUAUGGAUUCAGGAGUCAAUCGACAGUCGGUACAUCUUGCUGCCCCUCCCACGCGAAGACCAGGUCAAAGCACUUUGACACCCAUUCCUCCGACCCCCAUAGGAUGGCAAGAUGAGCGGAGUAGGUCGCGUUCACCCGCUGGGCUGCAGAUCAACACCAACUUACAACCUGCCCACCCUCCGGAACAGCCUGUCGCAGAGGGCGAAGACAACUCCACCUCCUCUGGACCUACAGUGUCUACCUCACACUCGGGCAGCACGCUCUAUCGCAGCCCGAAACAAGAAUCCUCGCGCGGUAUACGUGAACGUCGGAGUGAAAGCCGUGCUGCCCGCGAAAGAACGGAACCCAGCAACAAUCCCUGGGCGCAUGAUAUGGAAGUGACAAUAGCAAAGCCUUCCGAUUUGGCGUUGGCAAGCCCCGACGGUGGACUCAACCGGCGCGGUGCGGUCAACAAAAGCACUCCGCGAAGUGCAGGUGCAACGCGUACGCCGAGGAGCGCGGGACUGUUCGACGAGCCGGGAUCAUCGCACACGACUCCCAGACAAGAUGCUUACCAAAGGGUCGUCUCGAGUGCCGCCCCUACGCCGCCGUUUUCGCCAGGCGCCGCGUAUCGUUCCACUUCCCAAAUGUCGAAACAUGCAAGCGCGGGACCGGACAAUCCCGCUUCUGCUACUCCAAAAACCUCGGGCAGUGACCCGUUCGCCCAAGCUGCAAUUGAACGACACCGCCUGUUCACUGAGCGUGAAAUGGCCGCGCAAUCUGAUCAAGAGAGACUGGAAUUAUUCGCAGAGUUCAUGGUCAAUGAAUCUCGGAUCCGCAGAGAUCGAUACUCAACAGCAUUCGAUGCUAUGGCAGGCGACGUUAUCGAAUUGACUAGGGAUUUAUGGCGUUCUUUCAACGGAACUGGGCGUAGAUCAGCCACUCCAAGUGCCCAGAGUGCGUCUGCCGUGCCAACUGGCCGGCAAUCACAAGCUUCCACCAGCGGCGAAUCUCCUGAUACUAGAUUUUCCAACUCUGGACCUACAACAGCUGCCAGUCCAGCUUCGUCAGUUACGAAUCUCACUUCUCAGGAACCCUCUUCUCCCUCUGAUGCACCAGGCCAGAGGCAGCGCGAUGCGUCUUGGAACUAUAAGCCCGUGCUAUCUCCCAUUCCCAGUAUGGCAAUGAGCACUGUGCCAGAUGAAGAAGAUUCUCGGGGAAGAUCUGCAAGUCGCUGGUGGGAGGCCAGCAAUGACGGCGCGUCCUCAGGCGCAGGCAUGGGGAGAAGACUUGAGAGGAGUAAGAGGGAGUCCAAGUACAUGUCCCUACCCAAAGAGGCACAGGAAAGCCUUCAAUGGGCGGAGCAGGCAGAAUCCUCACCCAGCUACCGCGGUGAAUCAAGCAGCCGACAAGGAGGAGCAUAUGGACCGAACGAAUACCCUCCUGAGAAGGUUGGACUCCAUGACCCAACUAGCAAAAGUGUCCUGAACACGUAUCCGAGCUCUGCGCCUGCCACGCCCGAUCCACGAAGGAUGGAUGUGUCUAGACUAGUAACACUGCCGCCAUCCUAUCCUCGACACCACCCUGCUGUUAACAACAACCAUCCUGAUCUUGCGUCAAUUCGAAGCACACUACGUACCCUUUCCGACAUGGAAGAAGUCAAGACAACCAAGGAUCGAUUUAAUACGAGCAAGAACACUGGCAACGAGAAAGAAGCCAAGGAGUUGGCUGAUCGCCGCGCGCAAUUUCGAUACAACAUACAAGAUAAUGUAUCAAAAGGUGUCCUCGGCUACGCAGAGGCGGCUCAAGCACAAACCGAUUUCGAGAACCGCGAGAAUCAGCAUGCCCAAGAUCUUGUUCAAAAGGUCUUUGACACCUUCCAGGCAGAAGUUGCAAAUCCUCUUCAUGCCAUGCUCUGCGAGCGCAUCAACAAGGCGUCAGCAUCGAUUGAAUACCUCAAGACUCGCCUGCGUGAUGACGCGCAAAAGCUCAAUCCGAAUCAAACGCAAGAGGAAGGCGAUGAGCAGCCAGAGUUACUCGAAAUGCUGACGUUGCUCAAAUGGCUGUUUGAAGCACGGGAACAAUUGCACAAAGAGCUGUUUGAGCUUGAAGACGAACGCAACGACCUGUACAAGGAUAUUAUUGUUCUCCCCUAUGCGCAGGCAAGGAACAGCCAGAAAGUCAACGAAGCAACGGAGUUUUUCCAUCGGGAUGCGCAAGAUCGCAAGGUUGCUUGGGAAAAGGAGAUUUUGAAACGAUACGAAGAGUUCAUGAACGUCAUUGAGCAAAACGUCACGCGUGGUGUUGAGGUGCAGCUGUCGGCAUUCUGGGAUAUUGCGCCCGGUCUCCUAGCGGUCGUGCAGAAGGUCCCACAAUCACUCUAUGGUUUCGAAAUUGUGAUACCUCCCCAGGAGUACGACGAGAAUCCAUUGUAUCACGACUUUCCGAUGCAGUAUCUGUACAGUGUCCUGGCCCAUGCUGGGCGGUCGGCGUACCAGUUUAUCGAAUCACAGAUCAACUUGCUCUGUCUCCUGCAUGAGGUGAAGACGGGAGUGAUGACUGCAGGAUCCAAGUUACUGGAAACGCAAAGAAUCCUGGAGGGCGACGAGGCCGAGAGUGUCAGCAAGGAGAUGAAGGCGAUCAGAGAAGACGAAGAGCGGCGACUGACUGAUGAUUUGAAAGAGAAGGUCGGGCUGGUGGAGGAUCAGUGGAAGGAAGCCCUUGGUCGUAGCCUCGACAAGUGCAAAACGCGCGUCGAGGAGUUUCUUGUGGAGCAGAAUGGGUGGGACGACGGAUUGAAGGAAUGA